AUGCUCGGAAAGAUCGCACUUGAGGAGGCCUAUGAGCGCACCGGCUUAGAGGAGAAGUCCAUCCGUGAGGCUAAGCUCUACAUCGCUCCCACUGACCGUGAGCGCUACAUGCGCCAGAUUAGUGAUAUCAACGGCGAGCGUGUUACCCUUUCUAAUGCCCACGGCAUCGGUUACACCGUCGUCUCUCUGACCGUCCCUGGUAUCCAGGGCAUUGCCGACCCGGCGGAGGCUGAGCGCAUCGCUACUGAGACCAACAACUGGGUUGCCGAUCAGAUCAAGGAAAAGCGUGACCGUAUGGGUGCCUUCGCCUGUCUCUCCAUGCAUAACCCCGCUCAGGCCGGUCAAGAACUCCGCCGCUGUGUUAAGGAGCUCGGCUUCCACGGCGCCCUUCUCUGCAACUUCCAGCACGCUGGCCUAGAUGGCGAGACCUACCUAUUCUACGAUCAGCCUGAGUACGAUGCCUUCUGGAAGGUCCUUUGCGAGUUAGAUGUCCCUCUCUAUAUUCACCCUGCCGCUCCUACUGGUGUGAUCUACGAGAAGCUCUACGCCCAGCGUCCUUACCUUCUUGGACCCCCUCUCUCCUUCGCCAACGAUGUGUCCCUUCACAUCCUGGGAUUGAUCAGUAACGGUGUCUUCGACCGUUUCCCUAAGGCUAAGGUUAUUAUUGGUCACCAGGGUGAACAUAUUCCUUACGACUUCUGGCGUAUCAACCACUGGUUUGAGGAUGUUAAGAAGCCUAUUUCUAAGGAAGAGAACGGUGUUAUGUGCGAGAAGACCAUCUACGACUACUUCAAGAACAACAUCUGGAUCACCACUAGUGGUCACUUCUCCACUGCUACCCUGAAGUACGUUGUCAGUGAGAUCGGUGCCGACCGUCUCCUCUUCAGUGUCGACUACCCUUACGAGACUAUCGAGGAUGCCUGUGGCUGGUGGGACAAUGAUGCCAAGGCCAUUGCUGAGGCUGUCGGUGGUGUUGACAACUACCGCCGCAUUGGUCGUGAUAAUGCUAAGAAGCUGCUCAAGCUUGGCAAGUUCCACGACUCUGAGGCGCCUGUCUCUCUAUAG